AUGAGCAUUUUAAUAUUAAUGCUCAUUAGUUUAGCCAACAAACAUAAUUACAAUUAAUACUUAGUUUUAAUUGAUACUGAUUCAGAAACUAUUAGUAAUAAAAUAAAUUGCACAAAUCAAAUAAUUAAUAAUCAUUACAACCAUGCUGAUUCAAGCUUAGCUUAUUUUUAAUAACCAUAAAAAGUAUUACAUUUUGUAGUUCAAGAUUCAUCAUUACAGAUUAAGGAAGAAUAUUUAUAAUGUGCAUUACUUCAGUUAUUUGAAAAUCAUUUAGGUUCAGUCAUUGCUAUACCUUUGAAUUCUUUAAAAGGUUUUAGUUAGAAUAUUUUGGAUCAUAUUAAUAUGAUUAGUGAAAAAUAUGAUAUAUUAUUUUAUAUAGCCUAACAUCCUUUGAAUGAGUCAUAUCCAUAAUCUAACGCAAAAAUUAUUUAUGUUAAAAGGGAGAAAUAAUUUUCAUCCUCAGAGCUUGCAGUUCUUUUUGCAAUUAAAACAAUUCUUUGAUUAAACAAC